AUGGAAGAUGAAGAACGUAGAUUGCUAGACUUCAUUGAAGCUCAAUUCUUCCAACAUGUGCCAAGUCGCUCCUUUUCACUCGCUCCAUCCACGAUGGGUGAAGAAGUGCUCAAUGCUCUAUGGCAGCAACCAAGCAUACAGUCUUCAUUGCUACGCCAAGUCAUAAAAUGUGAAGAACGGCCUAUGCCAACAAAAUACACAGCCAGCAUCCUCAAGCUCCUCCUAAAACACCUUGAGCGACUCAAUGCAGAGCUAGACGAUGAGCUCGUCCAGUACUACACAGACUUGCUCCAUGACCCACAAGCAAAGGCAUACCCACUGGGACAAUCAUCUAGCAUACCAGACACAGAAGGCCACGUGGAUAUUCACUAUCUCGUCGCAAAAGAUAGCUAUCUUACAAUUAGCGAACAACCCAACGUCCUUGCACAAGCAGGCACAACGGGUCAUCGCACCUGGUCUGCAGCGCUUGCACUCGGUGAGUAUCUCCUCAAAAACCCACACUUCAUCCAAGGCAAGCGCGUCCUUGAACUUGGAGGUGGUACAGGAUUUCUCUCGCUACUGUGUGAACGCUUGCACAGCAUGUCUGUGUGCUGCACGGAUGGCAGUCCACGCAUGCUAGACCUCAUCCGCACCAACAUCCACAAGAACAACGCAACCAUCCAAACGCAGCAAUUGUUGUUUGGUGGUGAUUCACCCAUCCAGCAAGAACCGUUUGAUGUUGUUCUUGGUGCUGAUAUCACCUAUGAGACGGGUAUCGUUGCAGAGUUGUCGUGUACGCUUGAUGCAUUGCUGCAUAGUCAGCCAGAGGCCUUGAUUCUCAUUGCAGCCACAGUACGCCAAGAACGAACGUGA